AUGGCAAAGCGGCGGAAGCAGGGGCUACGAGCGUCUGCGUAUCAAUCGGAGCCUGUCGUGGUUCGUGGGUGGGAGUGGGCCCAUGCCGCGCUCUGGAAUGAAAGCAAGAAAUGUAAAGUGCGAAUGACCGACACCAUUGUAUUCCACCGGGACGCUGAUAGGGGCGACAUCGACUCGUUCUUGUGGCUCUUCACGGGGAAAAGCGGCGCGAUUUCACGUAAACGCAUGACCAAGGAUGGAUCACUGCCCGUAGGUAAAAUCCGCGACAGAUUCUUGCAGCUAGCUGGACGAUCAAGCGAAAAGAGGAUAAAGUGGGUCGCAGUCGUGAAUUUUCUCGAUGGCUCACGAAAGUUGGUGGAUACUGAGGAGUUUGAAGAGAUUCUACAAGCUCUUGAUGGUGGAAGGCGGGGCUCGCCGAGGUUGAAGCUUCGAGCGAUGGCGGAUCUACUUUACCUGACGUUAAAAUUGAGCGAUGGGCAGGUUAUCUGGACGAGAGGUUGA